AAACUCCACCAUUACACGUAGCUCGCGAGAUCAAGAAAGAAAGAGCACACCGCCACGGUCAGUGCCGCAGCUCAGCUCCAAGAAAACCAUGGCCGCCACGAUGCUGUCGCCGCCGACCGUGGCCGGGCUCCGCCUGGCGCCGUCACCGUCGCCGCGCGUGCGGUCGUGCAGGGUGGCGGCGCCGGCGCCGGCGAGGCGGUCGGUGGCGGCGAGGGCGGAGCUGAGCCCGUCGGUGGUGAUCAGCCUCAGCACGGGGGUGUCCCUCUUCCUGGGCCGCUUCGUCUUCUUCAACUUCCAGCGCGAGAACGUGGCGAAGCAGGUGCCCGAGCAGAACGGCAAGACCCACUUCGACGCCGGCGACGAGCGCGCCAAGGAGUACGCCGGCCUGCUCAAGUCCAACGACCCCGUCGGCUUCAACAUCGUCGACGUUCUCGCCUGGGGCUCGCUCGGCCACAUCGUCGCCUACUACAUCCUCGCCACCUGCAGCAACGGAUACAACCCAAACUUCUUCUGAUCUCAUCAACAUCUCGUGCUUGUAAUCUCAAAAAAAUGUUCGGCCCCCCGUGAUCAUGUAUGAGAUGGGUGAAAAAGUUGAUUAAUUUGGACAAGUAGUGCAAUCGCGUGUGUAUAUUGCCACAUGAAUUUGUCAGUUUGAUCUUUCUC